UCACUGUUAAGUCAACUAUAGGUCUGAGCAGCCAAACAAGAAAAGUCCCAAAUCGUAUAAAUGUCACCGGUGGCCACCACUCCACCCUUCAUUCUCUCUGAGUUGUGUAUACUUCGGCUUUAUGAGCAAAACCUGAUUUGUCGACUCAUAAACAGGUUGUGGUUUUAGCUGCAAGCAACUCCAAUCAUGGCAGCCCAUGAAGAAGCUGAAGUCAAGAACAGCGACUCCACAAAGUCAACAACACCAUCAAGACCAAAAUCAUUUGAAUCCCCAGCACACCCUAAAAGGGUUGGGACCAGAAGUAACACAGCUUCACCAAUGUGGGAAAGAAAUGGUACUGGUGCUCCUCCUGGUGGGUCCCGCUUGAGACAAGUCACACUUGGUGAUGAUUCUCCGGAUGAUGGCAUGGCUGUGCCGGUAUUUGGUGACUGGGAUGACAGUGAUCCGGCUUCAGCAGAAGGUUACUCUCACAUAUUUAACAAAGUACGAGAAGAGAAGCAUGGUGGUGGUGGUGGUGGAAAGUCACCAAGGCUAAACACCGAUGAUUCUUCUUAUUAUGGCCAAAGACCCGAGGCUAAAAAGGGGUGUGGCUGCUUUCCGUGGGGCAAAAAGUAAUUUGUUUCUGCUUUUUUUAGUCAAGUUGUGAGUUGUAGUAUUGUGUGUUGGUAGACUGCAUUAUUUCUUGUUCGUAAAUCCUCUAAGUUGUUUGCACAUCAUGUUUCAUUUGUAUGCUCCAUUUCCAUUUGUUGAAUGAGAAAACAGAAACACAAAGCAACAAAGACUGGUCAAUAUAUUAUCUAUAUAUGUAC